CGGUGCGCCUGCGCAUUGCAGCUGCGGUUGUUGGGAUGGCGGCAGCGGGCGGUGAGGAGCCGGACUCGGAUGAUGGUAGCGAGGAGCUGGUGCUCACCCCUCUACAGCUCAUCCGCAGCCUGGAGCAGGCCUGGCUGAACGAGAAAUUUGCCCCCGAGCUGCUGGAGUGCAAGCCUGAGAUCAUUGAGUGCGUGGUGGAGCAGCUGGACCACAUGGAGGCAAACCUAAAACGGGCAAAGAAGGGAGACUUGAAGGUCAGCAUCCACCGCAUGGAGAUUGAAAGGAUCCGUUAUGUGCUCAGUAGUUACUUGAGAUGUAGACUUAUGAAGAUAGAGAAGUUUUUCCCACAUGUGCUGGAGAAGGAGAAAUCUCGAGCCAAAGGAGAGCCUUCCAUUCUAUCACCAGAGGAGUUUGCCUUUGCUAAGGAGUACAUGGCAAACACUGAGACUUAUCUGAAAAAUGUAGCCCUAAAGCACAUGCCACCCAACCUGCAGAAAGUAGCCCUCCUAAAAUCGGUCCCGAAACCCAAUCUGGACUCUUUCGUGUUCUUGAGAGUGCUGAAGAGGCAGGAGAACAUCCUGGUUGAGCCAGAGACUGAUGAGCAGAGAGAGUACACCAUCGAUCUGGAGGAGGGCUCACAGCAUCUGAUCCGCUACAAGACCAUUGCCCCUCUGGUGGCCUCAGGAGCAGUGCAGCUCAUCUGAGCGAGUGCUUUGAUCUCAUCACAGCCUGUACAACCUUGGAUGUUGUGCAAGUGCCCAAUUGCUCUGAGGUGAACUGGAGGGAUUCUUCUGCACCACCUUUGCCACAUGAUCCAUUGAGCAAAGAACACACAUGAAGGUAUUUGCUGGCAGAGCAGAUCUUGAUUAUCAUGCGAGGAGCAGGAAGGAUUAGGAGCAAAUUAAGGAUGGAAACUGCAACUCGGAGCAAAGAGAAUGUUGUGAGCAAGCAGGGGAGAGCCCUAGGCUCAUGUGAGAGAUGCUUAUUAAUAACAGCUUGUUACCAGCAGUAAGAAGGCAAGUUGGAGAGUUUACCAAGUUUUUUAUCUUCUGUCUUUCUCAAAGUAUUGCCUGGAAGAUGGCCAUGAGCUUAGGUAUUCGAUUUGUCUGCUUUGAAGGAUAGUUAUGCAGGCCAAGCAGCAGGUCUGUCCUUUAGAACAUCUCAAGGCAGAAUUUACCUUGCAGAUGGAAUCAACUUUGUUCUUGCCAUGAACAAAGCAGCUUCUGUCCCAGUGUGGACACAGUUGUCCACAAUGCCUUCUAACUUGUCUAGAGAGAAGUUACACUGAUUUUAUUUCUUCCUGGUGUUCUGGCAAUGGUAGCACUGUUCUCAUAAAACAUCUACCUUUGCUAUUUCAAGUAUCACAGAUUUGCCUGCACUGUAGGCCUGGAUUUGGAAUUGCUUCCAGGCCUUUGUGCUGAUAGUGGCUUUUCUUGCAUGGUCCAAAGAAUGAGUGCCUGCAGGAGCCCUGGGCAUCCAUGUUUUCUCUGAUCAGGCUGUGACUCAUUGCAGUUGUGAUGGAAGCUUUGGAAAUGUCAAGCAGCAUUUGACAUUUCUUCACCAAGCAACUGAUUCACAUUUAGUAGGUCUUGAUAAUGCCCACAUGCAAUUUGUAUUUCAUUCCACUGUUUUGUUACACGCACAAGCUUUGCAUAAAACCAAUAUCAGAGCAGAUUCUGCACUGAAGAUUUAAAUGCUGUCAUUUCACCUUUUGAAAUUCCUGGAUGUUGAUCAACUCCUGCAAGGGGAAUAAAAGGCUUUCCUGCUUUUCUGGCCUUUUCUGACCCCCUUCUUUGGGCUGACAGGCUUCAGGGAGAUUACAACACGGUUACAGCUAAUCCUCAGGUUUGAAGCUGCCUUUGUCAGUGAACUCCAGGGCAAACAGGGUCUGCAUGAUCAGCAGCUGAGGACUAGAAGAGCUCUGAGGAAUUCUGUAAGCUUGUGCUUUCAUGCUGCUUGGAAUGGUAACGGAGCACAAGUUUGGCAGGGCUUUCCUAGAGCAGUCUUUUGCUGCAGAGUGAGAACAGAAAUCGUCUUGAUUUUUGCCUUGCCUCCUGUGCUUUGUGUGCUAUUCACAUUACUUCUUGUAAGACCAGCAUGCUGCCCUUGAUUUCUGCAGCAGAGCAUUCAGCCCCGGGUGCAGGGAAACUUGGAUCAACAGCAGCAAGUGCAAAGUGACAGGGCAGAGGGCAUAUUCUGGAAAGCUUCAGUGUGUGGUUGGUAGGAUGCCUUGUUUAAGAAUUGUGGUGACCAAUUUCACUAAAAUGGAGUAACUGUAAUGAUGGGCUCAGGAUAAAGCAGCUUUCUGCUGCGUGUGCUCUGAAGAUCCUCUUUCCAGAGAAUGUGGGGUUCUGCUGCAUUCCCUGCUUGUAGUUUUGAGGGUGGAAACUGCCCAGUUGCUUUGUGCUGAAACAAAUGCUGGGGUAAGGGAGACAAGCUGUCCCUUCAUGUUGAUUACAUUGGGCAAAACCUCCUUUUGCCCUGCAUUUCCUGAUUCCCUGCUGGUACAGCCUGGUACCUGUCAGGUGUGUGGACAGGCAGGCUCACUUUCCUUCAGGACAGGGCCUUCCUUGCACCAUACUCUGUGGGGAACAGGCUGGUGCUGCUCUGAUGCUCCCCUUUCACUGCCAGGUAGGCAGGGUGUGACGCAGUGCAUUUUGCAGUGCAAGUGGCUUUGCAUGUGUGGUUUAUAGUGUUCCUAAUGAAUCCAUUUAGAUAAAGUGGAUUCUUUUUUAAGUAUAGACGUUAAGAGGAAGUUGUGUUUAAUCCUUAGGAAUCAGUAGCACACACCUCUGCCCGGCCCUGAAGAAAGGGCUUUGGAUUGUACCCUGUUCAUGCCUGCAGCUCAGGCAGCUUCUCAGAGGUGACAAAGCUCUCAGUCAAAGUCAUUCUUAAUCUGCUGCUGCAAAAACAUGCUCUAGAAGAGCUGCUUGGAGAAUGUCUGCAAGACUUUCUCCUUAGCCCUAUUUAGUUUAGCUGAACAGUUGUCCAGGCAGCUUGUACUUGCCCUGCUACUGCACCUCACGUGGCUGCUGCAGUGUGACCAUCAGGCCCCCAUGCCCUGUUCCAGAAGCCAAAUCUUCACCAGAGCUGAUUUUUCCUAGAAUACCUUGAGCACAGCUCCUCUCUGGAGUCUUGGAGCCAGCAAAAUUACUGCAGGCUGUGCAGGAUUUUUCAGAGUGGCUGUUAGGCUGCAAUCGGUCAGGCUAAGAGUGAGAUUCAGUUUCAGCCUAUCUGAAAAUGCUUUUUGUGUCCUUCCAUGACUGAAUACCUGAGAUACCUAUGGGACUGGAUAACGUUUCACUGCUGACACAGUGCUUCUGUUGCCUCAUCUGCAUUGGAGGAAGGGGAAACAUCUGCAACUCUGUCAAGGAAGAGAUGCUUUUGGCUUGUAUUGUCAGAUGGAGGGGAAGACUCAUUCAUCCACCUUAGUCUGUGCCUGUGAUGAGAGUGGGAGCAGCCUCUCUAGGGGCUGCAGUAGAGAUUGGACUGGAAUGUCCAAUCCAAUGCCUGUUCUCUGUGCCUUCCAAGGUGUUGAUAACUUGGGUUUGCUGUGCAGUGAGCUCUAAAUGCAAAGUGGAUGGAUGGUGAAAGAGGUCACAGGGAAGGCACUGGUUGUGAGUUGUGAUUUCACAGUUGAAGCCAGAUCUGCUCUCCUGAGGGCAGGAGAAAUGUGGAGUAAGUACUUAAAUUAGUAGGAACCCUCUUCCAUAUCACUGUUGACUCCCUCAAGUCACUGAAGGGGAAUGCAUGCUGUCAGCCUGAGAGAAUAUGAGGAAGGAAUGGUUCUCAGAAAGCAACAGGUGAGAACUAACAAAUUGCCUGCACUAUAUGUGACCACACAUGCAAACCUGUGCAGUUCCUGCUGUGCAAUCCAUCACAGCAGUGCGUGGAGACCCAAGCAUAUUUUCAUGUGGGCUUUCUCUUUCACUACCCUGGGUCACCCUGCUGUGCUGCUGUGUGACAGUCUUUCCCAGAACUGAGAAAUAUCUGGCUUAAAGCUGAUGCGAGGAACCAGUUGGGAAUUCUGCUGGAAAGGUUUUGAGUAGUCGAAGGUCCAGAAGCAGACAGGUUAUGAAAACCUGAGGAAUAGCCUUUAGUUCUGUAAAAAAAAAAAAAAAAAAAAAGCCAAAAAAAGUCAAUUUGCUGCCAUGCCUCUGGGAGAUGUUGUUUGGGUUUGGAAUUUGGGCAGGUGCAGCCACAGUUAGCUGUUGCAGGGGGUGAAUACAAUGUGGCUUGUCCUCCACCACCCCUUCCUGCAGGCCCUGCCAUACAAGUGUAUCUGGAUCCUGGUUACCCCCAGUGUGUUCUGUUGUGCUCCUCCCCAUGCAGGAGUGUCUGACCAGCAGUGACCUGAGUGCCACACAUCCUUGUAGGGGAGAGUACAGCUUUGGCUCUCUGUUUUGUUUUUUUUUUUUCCUGAUGUAUUUUAUGGACUGAGGUCAGGGCUGAACUCUAGGCUUCUCCCAGCCACACGCACGACUCAUGUUUGCUUCCACCCCUUCAAUGCAAGAUGCUGCUUCUCACUCUGUGCUGAAGCAGUGGCAAUGGAAAGCUGUGUAUAAAUACUGAUAGAUGGGUUGUGUCAUGAGCUGAUCAAGAUCUGUGCUGUCAGCAGGAAAAAUCAGGUCUGCUUAACCUAAAUGGCUAGACAGCUCUGGAGAGAUUAGCAGGUAGUACAGGGCAGGGGUGAUCUGACUUAGGUGACAGUCUUUUCUAUCAAGGAGUCACAUGUGAGCUAAACAGUGAAGGUGAUUUUGAAUGUGAGUGUCAGGGACAUCACAGCACCCUGUUUGUCAGUGCAGAGGGGUAAGAAGCUUCUAAAUUGGGUUUUGAUACGAAGCACCUAUGAAGACAGGCUAAGGGAGCUGGGCUUGAGUAAAGAAGGCUGUGGGGUGACCUCAUGGCAGCCUG